GCGAUCAUAUCGGCCAAGCGACACGGGACGAACUUUUCGCCAGUGACACUCGUCGGUGCAGCUUAUAAGAUUCAAAACACAGCUGUACAAAUAAGAAGCCAUGUCUAGGAGCUGCGCGAUCGUUCUGGUGGUUUGCGGAUUCGCAGCCCUUACCUCUCUACCCACCUCUAAAGCGCAGGCUCUAUCAUCACCGUAUGAAGCAUCAGCAGCGACGGAGAGUCGGAGCGGCUGGGACGCGCUGGGUGGGCUGUACGCGUUGUUGGCGCAGCACGACGCACUGGGCGGCCAUGCACUAGCCCGCAAGUCGGUGAGGUCGCCCUCCCGGCGGCUGCGCUUCGGCAGGCGAUCCGACCCUGAUAUGCCUCCUCAGGCACCUGUGGAUGAGAUGGAAGAGCUGAUGUCGCUGCGCGAGGUGCGAACACCGGUGCGCCUGCGGUUCGGCCGCCGGUCCGAUGAACGCGCCGUGCCGCACAUUUUCCCACAGGAGGAACAAGACCGCGAUGUUCGUGCCCCGUCGAUGCGCCUGCGAUUCGGCCGCCGAUCCGACAACAAUAUGUUUUUAAUGCCAUACGAGUCUGCUCUCCCCAAAGAGGUGAAAGCUAACGGCUCCACCGAAGACGACAGGCAGCAGGACUAAACCGGAGUCUCGUUUCUAGCUCUACACAUCCGCUCCGUACAAAUAUCAACAGUUACUUCUAAGCAACCAACUUUUACGUGUCAAAAUAAAAAAUAUAUCAAUUUUUAGAUGUUAUUCCACUACAUUUGUAAGCUAUAUGUACAUAAUAAUCAGAUAGUGUAUUAAAUGUUGUUGAAAUGUUAAGAUUCUUAUUAUCACUCACUUAACACUAUAUUAUUUCUCCUUACAUAUAAACUGUGAUUAACCGGAAAUUUUCCUUUCAAUACCUUUAUAUUGUAGGUAAUGUUACUCUAGUCAAUAUUACAACUAAGACUGUUUCUAUUUUGUUUAACUCUCUAUGUAUUAGUAUAUAUAUGUUAUAUAAAACUUUUCAGCGAAAAGUUCUACGUUUUCAAAUGCUGGGUAAAUGUAAAACUUUUCCGUCUCUAGUUAUGUUUAUUGGUUCCUUUUAAUACUAUUAAAAUGGUAUCUAUAUUCAUUUGAUAUUAAUCAACAAGGCGUAAAAUUAAACAAUAAGUGUACUAGUAAAUUAUUUUAAUUUUGUAUAGAUAUUAUAAUAGAACGAUUGAUGAGUUGAAAUAUAAAAU